GGUGCGACGGCAAUAAAAAGUAAACACCGCGGCCGGACAAAAUCAACACACGGACUUCGCCAAGAUUUACCAUGGUUUUAUACUAGAUGAAACAAGUCUGCUCUGCCCCUUCGUCUCUCUCCUGGCACCUGCGCUCAGGCAGAAGCAGAGGAAAAAGGCAGAAGCAGAGGAAAAGCAGGGGAAACCCAGAGAGGAGAAGCGCGCGAGGGGUGAUCCAUGGCGGGGAGGACGAGGUACGACAACCCUUUCGAGGAGAGCGGUGGCGACGAGGUCAACCCUUUCGCGGACAAGGCUACAAGAGAAGCACCGGCUGCUCAAUCCAGUUAUUCCGGCGGUUCACUCUAUGCAACGCAACCACGGCCUAGUCCUCCUAGCAGCACCCGCCUUUCGCCUCUUCCUCCAGAGCCAGCUGACUUCUACAAUGACUUUGCCUCCACACACACAAACAAGGACAUGAAGAUAAUGGAGAAGGAGCUUCUGGCGAAGGAGGCUGAGUUAAGCAGGCGAGAGAAGGAAAUUAGAAGAAGGGAAGAAGCUGCAGCACGAGCUGGCGUUGUCAUAGAAGAGAAAAACUGGCCUCCAUUUUUUCCCAUCAUUCAUCAUGAUAUCAAUAAUGAGAUACCCGUGCAUCUUCAAAGAACACAAUAUGUUGCCUUUGCAUCACUUUUGGGAUUGAUCAUUUGCCUAUUUUGGAACAUCGUCUGUGUUACCGCUGCUUGGAUUAAAGGGGAAGGUCCCAAGAUCUGGUUUCUUGCGGUCAUCUACUUUAUUCUUGGUUGCCCAGGUGCCUACUAUCUGUGGUACCGACCACUUUACCGGGCCAUGAGGAAUGAUAGUGCUUUGAAAUUUGGAUGGUUUUUUCUAUUUUACUUGGUUCAUAUUGCUUUCUGUGUGUAUGCAGCUAUUUCUCCUUCAAUUCUGUUUGUGGGAAAAUCACUAACAGGGAUUUUCCCAUCGAUCAGCUUGAUAGGGAAGAGCGUCAUAGUGGGGCUUGCAGGUGUUCUACUUUCUUGGCUUCGCAAUGUUUUUCCUCGAGUCGUCACUAAGCAUGUGGGUCAUUCAGCGCGUGUAUCACUAUUUUCGAGGAAGUGGGAAAGAAGCACAUAUGAGGCAUGAGGCAGCACGCGCCACAGCUAGGGCAGCAUUUUGAUACUGAAAAAAUGAUGCAUACAUCGAUAUGGUUUUACUGUCACAACUUCUAAAUUUAGAGGCUUGUAAGUUAACUGGCAUGUAGGACUUUGGUUGUCCUAUGUAGAAGUUUAUGUACUUGUUUUAGAUUUGUCCCCAGUUUUAGACUCUUAUCAAGCUAUACAUAUAAAGUGUGGGAUUAUUUUUCUGAACAAUGACUGGUGCAAGAGUGUCCCCACCUGAAUAUAUUACUCAAAAAGUUUAACCAGACUGGGUUUUGGUCAAGAUUA